AUGUGCAUAUACACAACGAAAGGGAAUCAACCGAAAAUCACAACCUUCACGAGUGUGUACGGUGUUGACACAAGAAACAUAGAACUGCAGAAUUGUGUCAAUAUAGAAGACUUCUAUGCGUUAUUAGUCACUGAAGAAAUGCUUGAAGAAAUAAGUGAACAGACGAAUAUAUACGCAACACAAAAGCAAUCGAUGAUGACUUCGAAGCGUAUAGAGCGGUGGAUUCCUACCAACAAGGAAGAGAUCAAGCGCCUUUUUGGGCUCAUUAUUUGGAUGGGACUUAUAAAAUAUCCAGCAGAUGUCACCAAACGCUUAUGGAAAAUACAGCCUAUUUUAGAUGACCUCAACAAAAAUUUCAAAAAGUAUUACAAUCCAACAUUUAUGAAGCAGAAAAGGCAUAAAUACGGCAUCAAAAUUUUCAAACUCUGCUGCGGAUUGGGAUACACGUACAACUUCCGUGUCUACAGUGGCGAAGUGUCAGAUGAAGUCAACACAACGCCGACAAAUACGGUUAUGAAUUUGUGCCAAGACAUAUUUCACAAAGGCCACACAGUAUGUACGGACAAUUGGUACACAAGCUUAACUUUAGCGAAACAUCUCCUGGAACGGAAUACGCAUUUGAUGGGUACUCUCCGAAACAAUCGGAAAGGCAAUCAACUGCAUGCGAAAUAA